GGCUGCAGAAUUUAUAAAUAGACAUUGCCCAAGGCUGCCUGAUGAUGAAGUGGUUGUUUAGUAAAUCUUUCUCCUUUAAGGAUGCCAUUAUCGGAGACCAUUGAAAAAGACCAGUUUCAUUUUUGUCUUGAGGGAGGUCCUGCCUUUGACCAGGCCAGCCCUGUUGAGUGCUAGUCUGCUCUCAGAUUCAGGCACAGGCCUUCAAGAUUCUGAACCACCUUUGCAUGGAGCACAAAGAUGACGACGAUGAGGAUGUGUCUUUUGCCAAAUGGAUGAGCAGCUUCUGGGGGCACAGCUGGAGAGAGGAGGAGGAGAGAGCAGCCCGGGAUCGGCGCCGGUCGCGGGACGCCAGUUACAGGAAAGGCUCCUUGCCCUGUCCAUUUCCUGCUCUUCCACAAGUCACAUCACCUGACCAUCAGCCCAGAAGACAUUCUCAUGAGGACCAGGAAUUCCGACGUCGUAGCAACAUGCGAGAUCACAGGAAAUGUUCUGGUGAUGGGUCAGUCAAGGAGCCACUGGAAUCAAAAGAAAGACCCCAGUCCAAACUUCAGGAAUGUUCACUAUCCUCUGAGCAACAACUGUGUGUCAGAACUAAACGUUCUCUCUCUCUGGGCACUGAAAGCAGAAAGGAGAGAAAUGAAAGAGACUGUCUGAGGAUGGAAGUGAGAUCCCGAAAGAAAAAGGAGGAAAGAAGGAGCUCCAUGAAGGAGGAGCACAAAGAAGCACACAUGGCUCCUCUGGUGGAAAAGGGGCCCGAGUAGCACUUUGUUCCGCAUCUCGAUGACAGAUCCGCAGGGCGUUGUACUCCUCAGGAUGCCUCGUGGCAGCUGGGAAAGGUCUCUGCAGAUGCUGGUGUCUGAGGUGGGCGGUGGGUACAGCUGCUCCUUUGGGUAACUUGCAUCACACUCCACCUGAUUCUGGUGACUUAGCUGAGUGUGUCCUUUUAAGGCAAUGAAAAUAACAAAAGGUAUUUUAAUAGAGAAAAGUAAUUUUUGAAAAUGUAAAAAUAAAAGUAUUUAAAGAGCCACCUACACAUCACAUCCACCCCUCUCCCAUGUACGUCAACUUUGCAGAUUGUCUUAAAUAAAAGUCAUUGAU